AUGAAUUCAUUUCACUCAACCUUUUGGAACACCUCUACUGAAAUUUUAAACAAAUCCUGGAAUAAAGAGUUUGCUUUUGAAGCCCCCAGCAUUGUGGAUACAGUCAUCCUUCCUUCCAUGAUUGGGAUUAUCUGUUUAACAGGGCUGAUUGGCAACAUUCUCAUUGUAUUCACAAUAGUAAGGUCAAGGAAAAAAACAAUCCCUGACAUUUAUAUUUGCAAUCUGGCUGUGGCUGAUUUAGUUCACAUUAUUGGAAUGCCUUUUCUUAUUCACCAGUGGGCCCAAGGAGGAGAGUGGGUGUUCGGGGGGCCUCUCUGUACUACCAUCACAGCCCUGGACACCUGCAACCAGUUUGCCUGCAGUGCCAUCAUGACUGUAAUGAGUGUGGACAGGUACUUGGCCCUUGUCCAACCAUUUCGACUAACRAGUUGGAGAACAAGGUACAAGACCAUCCACAUCAAUUUGGGCCUUUGGGCAGCUUCCUUUAUUCUGGCGUUGCCUGUCUGGGUCUACUCGAAGGUCAUCAAAUUUAAAGAUGGUGUUGAGAGUUGUGCUUUUGAUUUAACAUCCCCUGACGAUGUACUCUGGUAUACACUUUAUUUGACAAUAACCACGUUCUUUUUUCCUCUACCCUUGAUUCUAAUGUGCUAUAUUUUAAUUUUAUGCUAUACUUGGGAGAUGUAUCAACAAAAUAAGGAUUCUAGAUGUUACAAUCCCAGUGUCCCAAAGCAGAGAGCAAUGAAGCUGACAAAGAUGGUGCUGGUACUGGUGGCAGUCUUCAUCCUAAGUGCUUCCCCCUACCACGUGAUACAGCUGGUGAACUUACAGAUAGAGCAGCCCACCAUGGCCUUCUACGUAGUCUACUACCUCUCCAUCUGCCUCAGCUAUGCUGGCAGCAGCAUUAACCCUUUUCUCUACAUAAUGUUGAGUGGAAAUUUCCGGAAACGUCUGCCUCAAGUUCCAAGGAGGGUGACUCAAAGGGAAAUCAACAAUAUUUAA